AUGACAAGGUUGCCCUCUGUGCCUGCGUUCCACAGACGCUGCUCCUGCUGCGGCUCACACACAGACCAGGACGCUUCCCUGUUUACAGCCGAGCCUCAGUCCAGAGUCAUGUGGAUGAGCAGAUACAGUCGUCGUGUGGUGGUCGCCCUUCGCAAGAGCUUCUCUGGCCCUGCGCAGUGUGUGAGGGGAGGGCCGCCUCAGCUGUCCCUGUCCCCCCUGUUGUCCCUAUCCCCCUUGCAGAGGCGGGGUCAGAACACCCUCAGCUCGGCGACCCUGUCCCUCCUUUCAUCCUUGUCCCCCUUGUCCUCCCCCCUGCAGAGGAGGGGUCAGCACACCCUGGACUCCGCCUCCCUGUCAGAGCCAGGCUGCAGUGCACGCUAUGUCGGGGCCCUACACGCAGAGCGCCUCCUGCAGGUGGAGUGGGAGGAUGGAGGACACAGUCUGUUUCCUUUCACUUGGCUUCGGGACAACUGUCCGUGUCCCACGUGUACGCUGCAGUCGGCUCAGGCCCGGAAGCUGCUGAUGGGAGACCUGGACGUAAACAUUGGCCUCGACUCUGUGCAACUGCAGUCAGACAGCAAGGUGUCGCUGGUGUGGCAGGACCAGCACCGCAGCAUGUUCCACUGUGAUUGGCUGAAGAAGCGCUGCUUCUCUGCUGCAGCGAGACGAUCCGUCCAGGAGGAGCUGUUCCUCAACGAGCGUGUGCACUGGGGCUCCUCUCUGUGCAUUCCCACUGCUGACUUUGAGGAGGUGCUGGAGGACGACCGUGCCGCUCUGGCUUGGCUUCUGGCUCUGAGGCGCAUCGGCGUGGUCCUCCUGCAGGGGGCGCCACCUGAGCCUGGACAAGUGGCUCAACUGGCGCAGCGUGUGGGAUAUCUGCGACUCACCUUCUACGGACACACGUUCAAAGUGCAGGACAAGCCUCAGGCGAACAACGUGGCCUACACUGCAGACAAGUGCAGCUUCCACACGGACUACCCAGCUCUGGACUACCCUCCUGGAAUCCAGUUCCUGCACUGCAUCAGCCAGGCGGCACGCGGCGGCGAGAACCUGCUCGUGGACGGUUUCCACAUCGCUGAGCGGCUGCGAGUGGAGGAUCCUGAGGCGUUCCACAGUCUCUGCUCCCUCUCUGUGGACUUCACCGACAUCGGAACGGACUACUGCGACUUCAGGCUGCAGGCCAAGCACCGCGUCAUUGAUGUAAACGCAGAGGGCCGUGUGACUCGCCUGAACCUGAACAAUGCGACCCGGGACUCGGUGCUGGACCUGCCGCUGCAGAAGGUCCAGAGCUUCUACAGAUCUCUGAAGGUUCUGGAGGCAAUGAUGAACUCAGAGGACAACAUUGUCACGCACAGGAUGGAACCAGGGGACAUUCUGACCUUUGACAACUGGCGCCUGCUGCACGCUCGCACCGCCUUUGUGAGCUUCCUGGAGCGACCACGGCACCUGGAGGGAUGCUACCUGAACUGGGACGAGGUCAUGUCCCGCCUCCGGAUCCUGCGCCACAAGCUCCAGGGAGAGGAGGCUUAA